CCGCCCAAGAACUGGAUGAAUGAUCCAAAUGGGCCAAUGAUUUACAAGGGCAUUUACCAUCUGUUUUACCAAUACAACCCUCAAGGCCCAGUACCGGGCCACAAGGUCUGGGCCCAUUCCACGUCGACGGACCUCGUGAACUGGACCCCACACGUCCCCGCCAUCGUCCCGUCGCAGGAAUACGACCUGAACGGCUGCUGGUCAGGUUCGGUCACCAUCCUCCCGGGGUACAAGCCGGCCAUUCUCUACACCGGAGCCGGACCCCAGAAAAAGCAGGCCCAAAACUUGGCGGCGCCCAAGAAUUUAUCCGACCCGUAUCUGAUCGAAUGGGUGAAAUCGCCCCGCAAUCCUCUGAUGGCAAGCACAGCCGCCAACGGGAUCAACGCGAGCUCAUUCAGAGACCCCACCACCGCUUGGGUGGGCCCCGACGGGAGGUGGAGGGUGAUCAUCGGGAGCAAACGAGACAGGAUGGGAAUGGCCAUUCUGUACAGAAGCAGAGAUUUCGUUCGCUGGACCAAGGCUCGACGCCCGCUUCACUCUGCUGAUGACACCGGGAUGUGGGAGUGCCCGGAUCUUUUCCCGGUCUCUGCUCGAUUCCCCGUCGGCUUGGACUCGUCCGUUAAUGGUCCAAAUGUUAAGCACGUGCUCAAGGUCAGCUUGGACGACACUAAGCAUGAAUACUACACUGUCGGGACUUACGACUCCCGAGCGGAUACGUACGUUCCCGACGAGGGAUCGGUAGAUAGCGACUCCGGGUUGAGAUAUGAUUAUGGCAAGUUUUACGGUUCCAAGACCUUCUUCGACAGCGAGAACAACCGGCGGAUCUUGUGGGGUUGGAUCAAUGAGUCGUCCACCGUGGACGAUGAUAUCAAGAAAGGAUGGUCCGGAGUCAUGGCAAUUCCAAGGACCCUUUGGCUAGACAAAUCUGGAAAACAGUUAGUGCAGUGGCCGAUAUUGGAAAUAGAGAAGCUACGUACCAACCAAGUUGAUUUGCCCAACAAAUUGAUUGAGGCGGGAACAGUUCUUGAAGUUCCUGGUAUAACAGCUGCACAGGCAGAUGUGGAGGUCUCAUUUGAAGUGAAAGAGCUCGAGAAGGCCGAAGCGUUAGAGCCGGCUGGGACCAACCCGCAAAUGCUGUGUAGCCAAAAGGGUGCUUCAGCCAAAGGUGGUGUUGGACCAUUUGGAUUGCUGGUCAUGGCUUCAAAAGGAUUGGAAGAAUACACAGCAGUGUUCUUCAGAAUUUUCAAAGGCCAGAACAAAUAUGUUGUCCUCAUGUGCAGUGACCAGAGCAGAUCUUCCCUUAAAAAUUGCAAUGAUAAGACCACUUAUGGAGCAUUCCUGGAUGUGGACCCUCUGCACGAGAAGCUGUCGUUGAGGACCUUGAUAGACCAUUCUAUAGUGGAGAGUUUUGGUGGUGGAGGGAAGAGCUGCAUCACAGCUAGGGUUUACCCUGUACUGGCUGUGAGAGAUGGAACCCACCUGCAUGUCUUCAACAAUGGGGCUCAGAGCGUUGGAGUGCCAAAGUUGAGUGCUUGGAGCAUGAAGAAAGCCAGAAUCAAUUGA